CCGGCAGAGUGGCGAGGCGGGCAGCGCUCCGCUCCCGGUGCCGCUCCGCUGCCGCCAUGCCGCCGCCCGGCCCCCGCCGCCUCUCCCUCCUCCUCCUCCUCCUCUCCUUCCUCCCCGCGCUGCUGCUCCGCCGGGCGCUGGCCGCCGCAGGGCUGGAGUACAGCGAUGUGCUGCCCGACUCCUUCCCGUCGGCGCCAGCCGAGACGCUGCCACGCUUCCUGCUGGAGCCGCAGGACGCCUACAUCGUCAAGAACAAGCCCGUGGAGCUCGUGUGCCGCGCCAACCCCGCCACGCAGAUCUACUUCAAGUGCAACGGCGAGUGGGUCAACCAGAACGACCACGUCACCAAGGAGAGCCUGGACGAGGUCACCGGGCUGCUGGUGCGGGAGGUGCAGAUCGAGGUGUCGCGGCAGCAGGUGGAGGAGCUGUUUGGCCUGGAGGAUUACUGGUGCCAGUGCGUGGCAUGGAGCUCGGCGGGCACCACCAAGAGCCGCCGUGCCUACGUCCGCAUCGCCUACCUACGGAAGAACUUUGAUCAGGAGCCGCUGGGCAAGGAGGUCCCGCUGGAGCAGGAGGUUCUGCUGCAGUGCCGCCCACCCGAGGGGGUCCCACAGGCUGAGGUGGAGUGGCUGAGGAACGAGGACGUCAUCGAUCCCAGCCAGGACACCAACUUCCUGAUCACCAUUGAUCACAACCUCAUCAUCAAGCAGGCCCGGCUGCUGGACACUGCUAAUUACACCUGCAUGGCCAAGAACAUCGUGGCCAAGCGCCGGAGCACCACGGCCGCUGUCAUCGUCUACGUGAAUGGUGGCUGGUCCACCUGGUCCGAGUGGUCUCCGUGCAACAACCGCUGUGGCCGGGGCUGGCAGAAGCGCACCCGGACCUGCACCAACCCCGCGCCCCUCAACGGCGGCUCCUUCUGCGACGGGCAGCCCUUCCAGAAAAUCACCUGCACCACCCUCUGCCCAGUGGACGGCGCGUGGACGGAGUGGAGCAAGUGGUCAGCGUGCAGCACCGAGUGCACCCACUGGCGCAGCCGCGAGUGCGCAGCCCCCGCGCCCCGCAACGGCGGCAAGGACUGCAGCGGCGUGCUGCUGGACUCCAAAAACUGCACCGACGGCCUCUGCCUGCACAAUAAAAGAAUUCUAAACGAGCCCAAAAGCCACCUGCUGGAGGCCACGGGCGAUGUGGCCCUGUAUGCUGGGCUGGUGGUAGCCAUUUUCGUCUUCAUCGUGAUCCUCAUGGCUGUGGGGGUGGUGGUGUACCGGCGGAGACGCCGGGACUUCGACACGGACAUCACGGACUCCUCGGCCGCGCUCACCGGGGGGUUUCACCCUGUCAACUUCAAGACGUCCCGGCAUGACAACCCUCAGCUGCUGCACCCGUCCGUGCAGCCGGACCUGACGGCCAGCGCGGGCAUGUACCGCGGCCCCAUGUACGCCCUGCAGGACUCCUCCGACAAGAUCCCCAUGACCAACUCCCCGCUGCUGGACCCCCUGCCCAGCCUCAAGAUCAAGGUCUACAACUCCUCCACCACCUCCUCCUCGCCGGGGCUGCACGACGGCACCGACCUGCUGGGGGGGGUCCCUGCCACCGGCACCUACCCGGGGGACACGGCCAGGGACGGGCACUUGGCCAGCGUGCGGAGCAAAGGGCCGGGCUCCCAGCACCUCCUCAGCCUGCCCCGGGAGCAUGGCCACAGCGCCAGCGGCACAUUCGGCCACCUGGGGGGGAGGCUCACCGUGCCAGGCACAGGGGUGAGCCUGCUGGUGCCCCACGGGGCCAUCCCCCAGGGGAAGUUCUACGAGAUGUACCUGGUGCUCAACAAGGCUGAAACCGCCCUGCUGCCCUCUGAGGGCACACAGACUGUGCUGAGCCCUGCAGUGACCUGCGGGCCCACGGGCCUGCUCCUGUGCCGCCCUGUCGUCCUGACCAUUCCCCACUGCGCCGACGUCAGCUCCUCGGAUUGGAUCUACCAGCUGAAAACACAGUCCCACCAGGGCAACUGGGAGGAAGUUGUGACCCUGGAUGAGGAGACCCUCAACACUCCCUGCUACUGCCAGCUGGAAGCCAAGUCCUGCCACAUCCUGCUGGACCAGCUUGGCACCUAUGUCUUUGUGGGGGAGUCCUACUCCAGGUCAGCCAUCAAGAGGCUCCAGCUGGCCAUCUUUGCCCCCAGCGUCUGCACCUCCCUGGAGUACAGCCUCAAGGUCUACUGCUUGGAGGACACGCCAGAUGCUCUGAAGGAGGUGCUGGAGCUGGAGAGGACACUGGGGGGGUACCUGCUGGAGGAGCCCAAGCCCCUGCCCUUCAAGGACAGCUACCACAACCUGCGCCUCUCCAUCCACGACAUCCCCCACGCGCUGUGGAGGAGCAAACUGCUGGCCAAGUACCAGGAAAUCCCCUUCUACCACAUCUGGAGCGGCAGCCAGCGGGCGCUGCACUGCACCUUCACGCUGGAGAGGUACAGCCAGGCCUCCAGCGAGCUCACCUGCAAGAUCUGCGUCCGGCAGGUGGAAGGGGAAGGGCAGAUCUUCCAGCUCCACGUCACGCUGGGAGAGCACGGCAGCUCCUCCGACACCCUCCGCUCCCACCACAGCGGUGCCACCGCCUCCACCACCACCCAGGUGGGACCCUACGCCUUCAAAAUCCCCCUCUCCAUCCGGCAGAAGAUCUGCAACAGCCUGGAUGCUCCCAACUCCAGGGGGAACGACUGGAGACUUCUCGCCCAGAAGCUUUCCAUGGACCGGUAUCUGAACUACUUUGCCACCAAAGCCAGCCCCACCGGGGUGCUCCUGGACUUGUGGGAAGCCGAGCACCAGGACGACGGCGAUCUCAACACCCUGGCCAGUGCCUUAGAGGAGAUGGGCAAGAGCGAGAUGCUGGUGGUCAUGGCCACGGAGGGAGACUGCUGAUGGUGCUCCCCACGGCUGGGGGGCCAGGAGGACGAAACAGGGGGUGAGGAAAGGUCCUCCCCCCAUGGCAGGGGAGGCACAUCCGUCCUGAGCGGGGAGGGGCCGCGGCCGGCACCUCUCCCGAUCACUGUCAGCCUUAGAGACCCAUCCUCAGCGUUUACAAGCAAUUCAAGUGUUACACAGCAUUCCUCCUCCUCCUCCUCAUGGCACGGGGAGGAAUUAGGGCUUCUCGAGUCGGGAUGGGGGCUUUCCUUUUCCUUCUUCUUUUUGGGUUCCCUUCCUCUUCCUUUAAUAGCAUUUCUGCGUUGAAGAGAUGAAUACAAUCCAGGCUUAACUUCUGUCAAAGGCUUCAGGCAGCUUAACAAGGCAAGUAGGAAAGAAAAAAAGGAAAAAAAAAAAAGUUUCUU